UGCUCUGUUUUACCAGAUUAAACAUAUGAAAAACUUAAGCUAAUUUACCGCUUUUUUCCAACCUGUUUCUGGUAUUAAUUAAAAUCUGAGCUCAACUCAGACAGUAAGUUCCUCUCAGGGCGGUAGCCUUUUUUAACUGAGCUCCAUCGGUGGCUGUGGGGGUUGUAGAGAGACGCUGUUACAGUUUCCUGCAGUCCAGAGCAGCUUCCUUCUUUUCUUCUGCACAUUUAAUGUGUCUGAUUCUCCGCUCUCUGUAUCAUCAUCUUCUCUCUCUGCGCCUCCUCUUUGUCCAACUGACUCUCUGGUCUAAAGGUCUUUAAAUUAAAUUUACUAUGCGAUGUGACAGAGGUUGCCCUAAAACAUGAUGUAAAACCACAGGGAACAAAAGGCAGAGUGAUCCACCUCGACUUGUUCAGUGUCAGAAAAUCCACCAAACAAACAAACUCAGUCUGACCUUUGGAAAAUUUGCUCAAAGCAGGAAAUUGACAGGAAGCUCAGUUAGCGGACUCUGGCGUGCUCGUUGCCUCACGUCAUAUCUGCUCCAGCCUUCAGCUGAACUACAUGAAAAGUUUUCAGAUCAACUUUAACAGUGAAACAACACUAGCUAACACUCUACACUGCAGACCAGUCACAUAUGUUUCCCCAAAUGUUUAAUUAUGGCUGGUUACUAUGACAACUAAUUAAUGCGAGCCAGAAUUACGCCUGGGGGAAUUUGGUUAUCCAUUAUUCAUAUAGUAUACAGACCUGCACAAACACCAUAUUUAUCACGUUUAACAUGUAACAUGAACGCCUGACGUCACUAAAUCAUACUGAUUAACUCUUCCAACUUUAAAACCUGAUGAGUUAGUUCAACUCAAACUAUUUGAGGAAACCGACUGCCCUAAACCAGUUAAGUUUAUUAACUCAAACAAUUUAAAUAAUCUUUUGAAUUGUGUCCAAGUAACUCACGUACUUAUUGUUAUGGUAAGUUGGGUAAAUAAAGUGUAUAGUACCAGUUCUAUUCAGUUAAUUCAACUUAAAUCUAUGAAGUAUUCUGCACUCAAAUGAUGCAUUUCUCCAAACUUGUUAAAAAUGUGUUAUUAGAAUUUAUAUGAUUUAAGUAAGACUAAAUUAAAUCCAUCUUCUUUACACAAAUGUUACCCCUUACGUUUUAUUUACUCAGUUUAUUUCCACUAAAGCAAAUUAUUAUGUUUUAGUUCUGACAACUUUAAAAUCUGUUGCGGCUACACAAUUAAUUUGAGGAAACCGAUUGCCUUAAACCUUUUAAGUUGCAUUAACACAAUAUAAACACACACGUCUGACACUAAACUUUAACUAUUUAUUUAGUUGAAUGCUAAACAUUCAUGACUGAAUUACGUAUCAAUGUUAAAACAUUUCAAUGUCCACAGCUUUCAACAGAAAGUGUAUGUUGAAAAAACUGUUAAAUUAAAAUAAUAUAAAUAAAUUAAUUGUGGUAAUACAGUAUUUGAACUGUCGUUUAUCGUGUCACAUACAGUGUGCUACUGUAUACUAGUAUUUUUGAAUUUGCUUAGUUUUAGUUUAUCUGAUAAAUAUGAAAAAUAAAAAAAAGUUACAAUUCAAGUUAAAGAAAUAAAACAUAGAAUAUUUAUCUCAAUGAUGACAGUACACCAUCUGAUCAUUUCAAACAACUGUAAUAAACUGUUCUGGGAAAGGUUUUGUACCAAAUAAUGUGUCAUUUGUGAGGCAACAUUUAGAAAGAAAGAAAAUUUACCUCACAACAUUUGAAGGAAAUUUAGAGAAACUCUUUAGAGCGUCUUUAUUAUUACUAAAUAUAGAAUUGUAAAGUGAGUUUUAAUAGUCAGAUUUUGAUAGAAGUAUACACAGCUAGACUCAUAAAACCUUUUGUAGUGUAAAAAUGUGUAUGUCAUACCAGCUGAGGUCCAAUAUUUUCAAUAACUGAUCGUACUUUUUCUACUGGCACAAAAAUACCUGUAAACUGAAAGAUUUACAACACUAUUAAUUUGUGCUUGUGUUUCUCCCUCCAGGUGAAGUAAACCGACCCAUUUGUAAUUAUGUAGACAAGUACCAGUUUCAACACACAACAAUCUAAAGAGAAAGCAGUUUUUGGCAUGCAAGCCAAAAUAUAAUUUUCAGAACACUGCUUAUCUUCAACAACAGAACCUGUGGACACCUUUACUCUAGCUCUUUUCUCAAGCCAUGUAACUUAGGUUUGAGCUGCUUAAGGUUUAAAAGUACAGCCUGGACAAACUCAAAGAAGCCACUUAGUUUCUCAGGAUAGCUCAAAUGGAGAGCAUUUAUCAGUCCAAAAAUAAAUAAAUCACCAAUGAAUCUGUCCAAGAUAUGUGAGACAGUACAACCUGAGCCUCAAGCACGAUUGACACUGGUGAGUUUCAAAGGGAACUCCUGCAGGCACCUCCUCUUCAUUGACUGCUGCCACCAGAGCCACUGCUCCCUCCUGGAUUGCCCCAACUCAUCCUAAAAAAGGAAUACAUGAUUAGUUUGUAGUGUGGAUAUGUCUGCUGCCAGCUGUCUGCUGACUGAACAUCAGUUUCUGUGCUCCAUCUGUCUGGAUGUGUUCACUGAUCCAGUCAGCACACCAUGUGGACACAACUUCUGUAAAACCUGCAUCACUGAACACUGGAAUAUUAAUGUCCCGUAUCAGUGUCCCAACUGUAAAAAGGUUUUCUACUCAAAACCUGAGCUGCAGGUCAACACUUUCAUCUCUGAGAUGGCUGCUCAGUUCAGACAGUCAGCUCAACAGAAAGCCAGCAGCAGCAGCUCAGAGCAACAAGCUGCCAAACCAGGAGAAGUUCCCUGUGACGUCUGCACUGGAACCAAAGUGAAGGCCCUGAAGUCCUGCCUGGUGUGUCUGGUCUCCUACUGUGAGACUCACCUGGAGCCUCAUCUGACAAUGGCAGGCCUGAAAAGACAUCAGCUGAUCGACCCUGUGGAGAACCUGGAAGGCAGGAUGUGUACGAAGCACGAUAAACUGCUGGAGCUGUUCUGUAAGACCGACCAGAUGUGUGUCUGCAUGCUCUGCACUGUUUUAGACCACAAGACACAUGAUGUUGUUCCUCUGAAAGAAGAAUAUGAAGGAAAGAAGGCCGAGCUGGGGAAGACAGAGGCUGAAACUCAGCAGAUGAUCCAGAAGAGACGACUGAAGAUUCAGGAGAUCAAACGCUCAGUGGAGCUCAGUAAGGAAGAUGCAGACAGAGAGAUAGCAGGUGGUGUUCAGGUCUUCAGCGCUCUGAAGGAGUCUGUUGAGAGAAGCCAGGCCGAGCUCAUCGACACGAUCAAAGAGAAGCAGAGAGAGACAGAGAAACAGGCUGAAGGCUUCAUCAAAGAGCUGGAACAGGAAAUCUCUGAGCUGAAGAAGAGAAGCUCUGAGGUGGAGCAGCUCUCACGCUCUGAAGACCUCCUCCACCUCCUCCAAAGACUCCCGUCCCUGAACGCUGCUCCACCCACCAAGGACUGGACAGAAGUCAGCGUCCGUCCACCUUCAUAUGAGGGGACUGUGAGGAGAGCUGUGAAUCAGCUGGAGGAGACGCUCAGUAAACAGAUGAAGAAGCUGCUCGCUGAGGCCGAGCUGAAGAGGGUCCAGCAGUAUGCAGUGGAUGUGACACUCGAUCCUGAUACAGCACAUCCUGCUCUCAUCCUGUCUGAUGAUGGAAAACAAGUAAACUGUGGUGAUGUAAAGAAGAAUCUCCCGGACAAUCCAGAGAGAUUUGAUUAUUGUCCCUGUAUAUUAUCAAAGCAGAGUUUCUCUUCAGGAAGAUUUUACUACGAGGUUCAGGUUAAAGGGAAGACUGAAUGGGAUUUAGGAGUGGCCAGAGAGUCGAUCAACAGGAAGGGAAAAAUCACAGCGAGUCCUAAGAAAGGUUACUGUAUGAUAUGUUUGAGGAAUGAAAACAAGUACCAAGCUCUUGCUGACCCUCCGGUCAUUCUCUCUCUGAAGUUUCAGCCUGAGAAGGUGGGGGUGUUUGUGGAUUAUGAGGAGGGUCUGGUCUCCUUUUAUGACGUUGAUGCUGCAGCUCUUAUCUACUCCUUUACUGGCUGCUGCUUCACUGAGAAACUCUACCCAUUCUUUAGUCCUUGUAUAAACAAGGGUGGUAAAAACUCUGCCCCUCUGAUCAUCACCAGUGGAACAGCCAUUUGAUUUUCUACAAUUAAUGUAAUAAAUUUAAAUUUAUUGCCGAUGUGCAGUUUUUCAACACUGUUAAAUCAUCACAAAACAACGUCCUCAGAAAUAAGAAGCAUUUACACGUUCCUUAACUUUUUAUUGUCUGAUCAUUGUUUCUAUAAGAAGUGUUGCAUACUGGCACAAAUUACUGAAGAGCAGUUUAUAAAUGAGACAGAAGUCUU